AUGGCGCUGAAACAGCAAGAAAAUGAAAAUACACUUAACGAUGUCAUAAAUGAAAACGGAAGCAACAGUUCCAAGGGAACAAUUCGGAAGGAAAAUGAUUUUUUUAGUUUUUACAAAGACAAUUUUGAAAUUGGCAUCAAGAGUGAGGCUAUGUUGAGUGAAUCGGAGGCGCUUGGACUAAGUGAUGAUCUCAUCGAGGAAGACGGUGACUAUGAUAACGACAACGACGACGAUGACAAAACGGCAUAUGCCGCUGAUUCAGUGGACUUGAACAAUGUUGAAAUUGGCAUCAAGAGUGAAGACUAUGAUAACGACAACGACGACGAUGAUGAUGAUGAAGAUGAGGACAUUCGAAGACUUUUGGAUUUCACAUCAAUUGAAAAUGGAGGAAGUGAAUCAUGUUCGGAGAUGGAUACAGAAUCCGAACUAACUGUUGUCGAAUCAUUUGAAUGUUUCAUGUGUCACAGCCGUUUCGAAUGUGAAAAAAAGCUUAGAAAGCACUUGAGCAGGCACGAUAAAACUGUCAAAACGGCAUAUGCCGCUGAUUCAGUGGACUUGAACAAUGACACAACUGAAAGUGGUUUCGACAAGAUUCUGUUCCGUUCCUACGAAAUAGCACAGUUGAUUAAAGUACACGAAGAAGAAUUUGCUGAAAUGCGAAAAAAGAUCAAUGAACUGCAGGCACAAGUCCAAUUCGUGACUUACGAAAAAGAUGAAGCGAAAAAGGCACUCACCAAAGCAAACGAGGAAUUGGCUGAUGUUCGAAGAAAGCAUACAAAGUCGUUGUAUGAGAUUCGCGCAAAAUAUGAGAAUGAUUUAAAGGAAGAAAUAAAACGUGCCAUCAUUUCCUACAGAACAAAAGUUCAUACAAUUUUGGACGAAAAUAUAUAG